CGGACGUCGCCUAGCAACGGGACGCCCAACCUGCUGCAGUGCGACAAAGGAGCAAAUACUCGCCGCUAAAAAGCGAAGGAGCCUACAAACCUUUAUUUUUUAUUUGUAUGUGUUAUUUUAAGACUGUUGGCUGAUUUGGGUUUUAAGAGUUUUUGCUCUACGUGGCUUUAAAAAGACAAAAAAACAACGUCCCGGCUGGGUUUAACAUUACUUACUUUAUCUUAUAAAGUAUGUAAUUCGGAGAGCACCCAGGGAAGCGGCAGUGAAUGCAACACCGGCGGUUUCCACCAGAGUGCUGGGAGCUUGUGAUACGGGAUUUCCGAGGUGCGCCUGAACGCAGCAGUGACCGUCCCGUCCGGAGCUAAAGCCGCAGCAUCAGCACCAGCAUCAUGACAUAAUCUCCUUUACCUGCAGAGGACGACGCGAGGGGGGCAUCCUCCCCAUCCAGAUAAAGAUGAGCCGCUUCUGCUCAGACAACAACAACUUCCCGUACGACAACAACAACGUGCUGGUGCUGGACAUGGUGCUGGGCUCCCUGUGGGGCGUCCCCCCCCCCAUCAACUGGGACAACGUGUCCCAGCUGGUGCCGGGCUUCUCUCCCAAGGAGUGCGCCCGUCGGUUCGAGGAGCUGAAGACGGCGGCGGGGUUUCCCCACGUGGACUAUCAGUGCAACUCUCUGACGGAGGGAAGCCCCACGACCUCAGACGACCCCGCCACGCCGCUGGACACCGGAGACGACGUCCAGAGGGACGGAGGCAACCAGAGCUGCAGCAAGACUGCAGGUUCUAAGUCGGCUCCUUCAGGAAGAGGUUCUUCCGUGGAGAUGAAGGAGAGGCGCAUCUCCGUCGAGGAGGAGGAUAAACCUCAGAAACCACGAGACCCCAACAUGGUGAUCCACGUGUGCGACGAGACCAAAAACCUGAAGCAGGACUUCACGUGUCCCAGGGACCUGCUGGUCAAGGAGAUGCGCUACUUUGCCGAGUACCUGUCGGUGGACGCGCAGCGCUGGGAGGAGGUGGACAUCUCCGUCCACUGCGACGUGCAGAUCUUCGACUGGCUCAUGAACUACGUCCGGAGGAACUCUGCCGGCGAGGGCAACAAGGACAAGCCCCGGCUGGAGCCCAGCAAUGUGAUCUCCAUCCUGAUCUCCUCCGAGUUCCUGAAGAUGGACACGUUAGUGGAGGAAUGCAUCCAGUACUGCCACAAGCACAUGAGCGCCAUCGUGGCCACGCCCUGCAACAUGAACUGCAUCAACAGCAACCUGGCGACGCGCAUCGCCCAGCUCUUCACCCACAACGAGGCCGACGACAUCCGGGACAAGAAGGACAAGUUUAAGAGUAAACUGUUUCAGAAGAAGAUCGAGCGUCUGUUCGACCCGAACUACCAAAACAGAGACUCUCCGGGAAACGCCUCCACUCUGUACAGGUGCUCGCUGUGCCUGAGGCUGCUGACCAAAGACACGGAGCGGAGGAUUCCCUGCGUUCCCGGGAAGAUCAACAUCGACGCCCGGGGAGAAAUCAUCUACAGCCACAGCAGACAGAAGAGCUGGGACGUCCACGAGUUCCUCUCAGGUCUCCACGAGGAGCUCAAGUCCUGGGUUCUGGUCUACUGGAGGAUCUGGGGAACCGUCAACACCCUCAGCUGCUCCCGCUGCCAGCAGGUGUUCGUCUGCUCGGAGCUGACCCACUGCCGGUACCACCCAGACGGGGUUCUGUACCCCGGCAUGGGCCUGGAGAAGGGCUGGCACGGUGCGGGAACCUUCCCCUGCUGCAACCAGAGGGUGCUGCGCUUCGACCCCGCCGGGAUCCCCAAGGGCUGCAGGAUGCGGGACCACGUGGUCUCCCUCCCCCCCGAGGACGGCUGUGACCCCCAGACCUCGGCUCAGGUCCAGGUCCAGGUCCUCAACGACCUGCUGCUUCACAGAGAAGCCGUGUGUCUGUGGAGCUCAGCGCCGGCCGAGAGCACCGAGGAGAACCCCCAUCCCUCAGAGAAGAACCAGGACUGUGACGUUCUGCUGGAACCAAACCUGCUGGGAGAACGGAGAGAUGGAGGAACGUUUUCUCUCCUGAAGAACUGGAGCCUCCAGCUGAAGCAGCAGGCUCUCCUGUCGGAGGAUGAGGAAAACACCACGGGGUCGGAGGUGACGGAGGACGAGGUCGGGGACGAGGAGGAGUCCAGGAGGCAGGCAGCUAAAAAGGCCAAGAAGAUCCACCGACCUCUGAAGAAGCAGCUGUCCUCGCCCAACUUCCAGCGCAGGGAGAAGCCCGACAAGGCGCAGAGCAGGGACAACACGCCCUUCACACUGAGCCUCCAGAAGAGUAAGUGGGACAGUUCUCGCUCCAUGCGCUACAACCAGGACGCUCAGAGAGAAGAAGACCAGCGCCGCAUGGUGGAGAUCGUGGGUCACCUGACCCAGAUGAGGUUUGGAGACCCGGAGCAGAACCGCUCCAAGGACACCAAAGAGCCUGCAGGCGGCAUCUACGCCAGACUAGAAGCUCAGUUCAAGACUUCCUCUCAGAGCCGACAGAGUGCAGAGAAAACGCCCAGAUCUAAGAUACGCUACGCUCAGAUCAGAACGACGUAAAGGACCAGACGGGGAAACAAGUGAGCGGCUUCAGAUCUGAUGAUCCUUCGCCGAGGGAACGACCAUCAACCCCCCCGGAGAUCAUGCUAACCCCCCCCUGCUUCACCUGACUCGGCUCAUCUAGAAAUGUUCUGACUUGGUGACAAACAUGUCUGUAAAUUCAUUUCUGCAAGUAGAAGGUGAAGAAAACAAAGUUAGAGGCGUAGCUAGGACGUAUUAGUGGAGAAAAAUGAGUCACAAGUUUAACAAAUAUUAAAAAAUAACUAAAAAGGACUUAUUCUUGCAGAAAUAGAUUAGUUUGGAUGAUUCUGGAGUUUUCAGAUGACUGUAUUGAUCCCUUGGGGAGGUUUCCUGGGGGAGGCUGACGGUCGACCACCAGAGGAAGUGUUUGUGAACCCGGAUCAGCUUGUUAGUUCUGGUUCUGACCGGGUUGAGAGGUUCUGCUGGGACCAAUAAAGCUGAAAUAAAGCUGAAAUAC